UUCACCUGUUGUGGGGGAGGGGGAAACACCUUACAAGCAAAUAAGAUGGCGGCCAUACAAGAUUCACUAUAAACAAUCUUCCGCAGCCUUUUUUUUCUUUCAUUUCCUUUAGUUUCUUCGAUGUUUAAGUUCUAAGUGCUCAUUUGGUGGUGCUUUUGGAUUCCUGUUUGGUGUUAUCAUUUUAAAGUUCUAGUUGUUCAAUAUUCAAAGUUGAUUCGCCAUGUUCAGCAAGAAGAAGAAGAAAUUGGACAUUUCGUUGCCUAAAAACUUUGAGCACAGGGUGCACACGGGCUUUGACAAACGGGAGAACCGCUACGUCGGACUACCGCCACAGUGGGCGGGCAUCGUGAGCCCUACACCGUCGGCCAAGGGUGCCUUAUCGUCCAGACCGACGCCUUUAAUCGAUCCGUCUGAAAUCACCCCAACAGAAGUCCUGGAUUUGAAGAAGGAUGUGUCGUUGCAGACGAUCGUACGAGGAGAAGGCAAGAGCACCGGCAAUGGCGGGGUUGGUAAAAACGACAAUGGAAACAAUGGAGGAGGAGGACCAGGACUGCCUCGGACAUCCAGUGUGGUCCGUUCAAACAGUCUACGCUCAUCCAGCCCUCCCAAAGCCCGAAAAGAUUACAAACCCAUGCUACCAGUUCCAGAAAUGGGCGAAGGAGUAGGAGGUGAAACGUCACCUCUGCCUUCACCCAAUAAUGCCAACUAUCCUUCUGGCCAGCCUGUCUACGGACCAGGCUAUCUCGCAUCGCAGCAACACCAACAGCAGCAGCAGCAGUAUCCCCAAGGAUAUUUCCCUCAUCAACACCAAGCCGUUCCGAGAGACGUCAGAGACGGAAUGGGACGUCCGAUUCAUCCACAAGGAAUCCUGCGGGAAGCAAGUUACCCCUUGCCCCAGCAGCAGAUGCCACCACACCAACAACAACAACAACAGGGACCUCCAGCUCCCAACUAUCCAGCUCCACCUCCUGUCCAACGGAAUUCUCAGAUGAUGAUGAAAGCCGUACCGAUGCAACCACAGCCAGGCCAUCCAAUGCAUCCACAGGGCGGCAUGCAGGCACAGCAGCACGGCAUGCAUCCGUCUCAAGGAAUGCAUCAGCCUGGCGGAGGACCAAGACCUCAAGGAAGCGCCAUGCAUCCUGGCAGUACAAGUCCGUCUCCUGGUUAUCCGAUGCCGAAUCAACAUCCUGGCCAUGGCGGAAUGCCGGGCCACUUACAAGUCCAAACUGGCAGCCACUACCCAGCUGGUCAUCAGAAUAAUCACGGGCAGAACCAAGAGUAUCGACCACCCCUACCGCCACCUUAUCAACACGGCGGACCGCCUAACGGUCAAAACGUCAAUGGACAUCCAGGCCCUCAGCAACCCAACGCGCAGCCAAUGAAACCUCCUCACUUGACUCUGCCGCCACAGCAUUCAGCGCCUCACUCGAACUCGUCGGCGUCGUCCCAGUCGCACUCUCCACUCCCCCGGAGUCCGACGACUCCUCAACCUCCCAACACUUAUCGUCCACCAAGUCAACAGUUCCAACACAUGACUUUGAACAACGGACAUCAGCAGCAACAACAACAACCUGCAACAGCUCAUCCUCAGCAGCCGUCGAGAUACCCACAGCAACCCCAAUCCAAUCCAUCGGGUCCACCACCGGGUCCUCUUCCGCCGAAAAUCAGUCCACAGCCGCCACGACCGCCAUCCAGCAACGCGGUCAACAAUAACAGCGGAGCCGACCAAAAUCAGAACACGCUGAACAAUAGCAAAAGUGUUGUGGUGGCUAAAUCGACGGCUGCAGCUGCUGCGGCGGCAGCCGCAGCGGCCGCCGCCGCCGCUCAAGAACAACAACAGCAACAACGAUUGACUCACGAACAAUUCCGCGCCGCUUUACAAAUGGUCGUCAGUCCGGGUGAUCCACGGAUUAACCUGGACAGUUUCAUUAAGAUUGGCGAAGGUUCAACUGGUGUCGUUUGCAUCGCCGUAGAGAAAAAUACUGGCCGACAGGUGGCCGUCAAGAAGAUGGAUUUGAGGCGCCAGCAACGAAGGGAACUCCUCUUCAACGAAGUGGUCAUUAUGCGCGACUAUCAUCAUCCGAACAUCGUCGAGAUGUACGACAGUUUCCUGGUGGGUGACGAGUUGUGGGUGGUGAUGGAAUAUUUAGAGGGUGGCGCUCUGACGGAUAUAGUCACUCACGCUCGAAUGGAUGAAGAACAAAUUGCCACUGUGUGUCUCCAGUGUUUGCAAGCGCUGGCUUUCCUCCAUUCGCAGGGUGUCAUCCACAGAGAUAUCAAAUCAGAUUCAAUUCUUUUAGCAGCUGAUGGAAGGGUUAAGUUGUCUGACUUUGGUUUCUGCGCUCAAGUGUCACAAGAGCUACCGAAAAGGAAGUCGCUAGUGGGGACGCCCUACUGGAUGUCUCCGGAAGUGAUAUCCCGCCUACCUUACGGCCCUGAAGUAGAUAUCUGGAGUUUAGGUAUAAUGGUGAUUGAAAUGGUGGACGGAGAACCGCCCUUCUUUAACGAACCCCCCUUGCAGGCUAUGAGACGCAUUCGGGAUAUGCCCCCACCCAAGCUGCGCAACGCUACCAAAGUUUCCGCCCGUUUACAAGGCUUUCUGGAUCGAAUGUUAGUACGAGACCCCGCUCAAAGAGCCACCGCCUUCGAGCUGCUUCAUCAUCCGUUUUUGAGGCAAGCCGGACCUCCAGCUCUGCUCGUCCCGCUCAUGCGAUCUUUCCGACACUCGCCCACUUAGGUUUUGACAGCUUUUCCUACCGUCGUCAUUCAUGGCAGUCGACCGUGUGUGUUUAAAAGAAGAAAAAAAAGGGCGUGGUUGGCGAUUGACCCACGUCGUCAUAUGUAUUCCGUUAACGCCAUGAAUCGCCGCGAUGGAAAUCCCCAAGUAUUUUUUUCCCCUCUAUUUUCUCUGUAUAUUAAAAAUCAAACAAAAGGUAACCAAUGGCAGCUUUUCCAAUGCCUCAGCAGCGGGUUGGAAUUUUUGCGAUUAGAUAAUAAUGAACAAAAAGAAAACAAACAAAAAGAAAACAAUUAGAGAGAAAAAAAAGGACAGAAUCUUUCGUUUUUCGCCAUAUUAUUUGACAACUUUUUUUUCUUUUUAAUUUGUUUUUGAGUUGACCAAAAAAGAAAAGAUUGAUUUACCUUUUAUAAAAAUAUUUCUCUCCUGUGUUAUCAGUAUCAUAUCAGCCUUAAUUCUACCUAUCCCUCCUUUCCGGAUCAUUCCGUCCAAAUGUAGUGCCUCUUUCGUAUCGUCGGAUGUUUUGCGAACACUUUUUUAAAAAACCAUUUCUUUUUCUCUGUCUGUUUCCAUCUUUUCUUUUUUUUUUUUUACGUAAAAACAACAAUAACAACAAAAAAAAAGGAAACUCUUUUUUGACGUUUAAUAGCCCAAGAUGUAAUUUUCGUCUACCCACAUUUAUAUCCCUCGUUUUCUGUCCGUCUUGAUCAUCAUCAUCAUUUCCUCCUUUCGCACUUGUCUCGUUUGUUUGUUUCUCCUUGCGUGAGACUCGAUGGCUUUCUCUUCGUUGUUGCUUGCUGCUCGCGUGGCGGCGGUCUCAUCUCUUUUUAUUCGCGGUACAACACGUCCACGCCAAUCCAUUACCCUUGAUGUCUAAUAAUGGUAACGAAUAUUCACAAGAGCCAAGAGGAUAGAGAGACGACCCACCACCAUCAUCAUCAUUUUUGUUUCGUGUAUUUCCUGGACGCGCCAAUAUCAAACCUAUACAAACAACAACCACAUUCAACAACAAUGAAAGAAGAAGAAUACACGCAUUUGAAUAUCA